UGUGCGCGCUUCGCAGGCAGGCGCGUGGAGAUUGUAAUCGGGCGCCGCCGGAUUCGCUAGUGCUGCACUCGUCGCCGGACAUUGACGCGCCAGCGACCGGCAGCUGGAGCCGGACACCAGUAUCCUCGUUUCACUCACCGUCCCUUGCACGGGCGCGUGGCGGCGGCGGCGGCGGCGGAGGCUGCUGCGGAGCGGAAGCUACCACCAACCGGCGGCAGCAUGGGAGGCACUCUCAACGGCGACCGACAGCACCAAAGCUACCCGCAGCGGUGGAUGGCCGCGGGCGCGGUCAUCUCGCUGAUGGAGAGCGCGGGAAUGCUUGCGACCGUCGCUGUGGGGCUGAGUAUGUACGACUGCUCCCUCAACACCAGCAGCGACAUACUGUGGGAGAUGACGCGCCUCUACUAUUUCUCUCGUGCUAAGUGCAGCCCAUACAAGGUAAAUAAUAAUGACUACUUUAUUGAUGGUGUGAACAAAGCUGCCAAUCGUACUGUAAUUUUCAUGAGCCUCUACACAGUACUAUACUCUUUCUGGUUUAUUGCAUCAAUUCUUCUUCUAGUUUCAGCAAUAAAAGGGAAGAAAAUGAAACCAAACUUGGGAAGAAAUUUACAAUAUAUAUGGGUAAUACCAACAGGAUGUAUAAUUAUUUUGGAUGUAAUUGCCACAAUUCUAUUUAGUGUGGAUCUAAUGUCUACAAAAGAUUUUGAAUCAGUGAUGGGACUGCUGAAUAUUAAAUUUGAUGGAAGUACGGUGGAGUUAGAGAGCCACUUAUCUGAGCCACCAAAGAUAAUGGCUCUGCUGGCUUCCAAAGCUGGGCUCUUGUGGCUCAUCAAUGUUGUUUUCUUAAUCAUACUUCUCGUACAAUUCAAGAAAAUGUUUCAUUUGCGAAAACAAGAACAGUUUGUGGAGGCUCACCUAUCUACUAUGCCUGCCUACUUAUGGCCACCCAAAUUGGCUGAAAAGAAUCUGUCUCUCAGUAAAGAUGCUAUCACUCCAAAACCAGCUCCAACAAUACCACGACUGAUAAAUCAGGAUGGAAUAGGAAUAGUUGCUGCGCCACAACAUUCAGGGUCCAUGGGAGGUCCACGAAGACCAUCAGCACUUCAAAUUGCAGCACGGCAGGGAUUUAGUUACGAGCGCCCAAACAGUGGGGGAUGGAGCCCCACAAACCCACCCUCUCUUUCACGUAAUCCACAAAUGUCAGCUCCUCAAGGUGGAGCUCCACAAGAAAACCCUGAACAUUGGUACUCAAGAAAUGCAAGAAUGCCACCCGCAGAAAAUGAAAGACCAAGCAAUAUUCUUCAGAGAGACAAUGACGUGUUUUAUUAAAUGCUUUUGUAGAUACUAUCAAGAACUGCAUUCAAUUGUUAUAGAUUAAUAAAACAAAGAGUAUCAAUACUAAGCAGCUCAGUUCUAAAACAGUGAAGAAAGAUUAACUCUAGCCAAUUAACACAUACCGAGUCCAAAAUGUUGUUAACAAUUUUUUGUUGCAAUUAUCACAUUCUAAUACCAUCAGCAUACUGUUAUAUAAAGGCAAUAGAACAUAUUAUGUGUAACUGAAAUUGUGUGUAAGUUAGCAGAAGUUUGGGUAGGAAAUUAUAGAACUUUAUAUCAUUCUCAGAAGUAAGCUAAAACUGGAAAGUACAUUAUUCUUGCAUUAACAUGUAUAUAUGUUUAAUAACACAAAAAUAAUUGCUUUUCUAACUCAUUUGUACUUUAUAUUGCUCAAACUAUGAGAGUCUAUAAUGAUUUUUCUUCUUCUUCGGGUUUCAUUUUGUCAGUCUGCAAUUCACAAUUGUGGAUCAUUAUGAAACUUUCAGGUUAAUUCUUAAACAAGCAACUGAAUAAUAACUAGAAUUUCCAGAUACCAUUUUUUCAAUAACAAUAAACAAACAUUUUUCUAUUAAUAAAACCAAACUAUUCAUCAAUUGUCUUUGCAAGUAUGAUAAAAUGUGCUUACAUGUAUGAUUAAAAGACCUCAGAAAUAUUCACAGAGAAUGAGUAAAAUUAAAUUUAUUUCUAUAAUGAAUGUUUUAUUUAUUUUAAAAUAUGUCAUCUUUCAAAGUUAACAAGUGUUUCAGGAAUAAAUCACUUAAAAUUUGUCACUUGCAUUCACAUAUUUCUUUCAAAAACUUAGUUGAAAACUUAGAAUUUGUUUUUUUCCAAUUGUAUAACACUUGCAUACAACACAACAAAGAAAAUUUGUAUUUCAUUUUUUGAGGCACUAUUACAGAACUCAAGUUCUUUCCUGAAAAGGACCUUUCAAUAUAAAAUAACUAAUUUUAUUUUCCAUCUAUUAAUCUCUUUCUUUAAAAUCAAAAUAAAAUAAUAUUUAAAAUAAGUUUAUUACAUGAUAGAGGGUUUAAUCUGAUACAAACACAAUGGCAAACUACUACUCUAAGAAAAUAAGAAAGUUUUAAAUAAUUUCAUAGUACUAUUUCAAUAUUUUAAUACUUCAAAACUCAUCUACAUAUCAUAGAAGAUAUAAUUUCAAAUACAAUCUCUUGAUACAUAUUGAUUAAUUGAAUAUGUAUUUACAUAAGUAAAUCAUAGAAUUAAGAAAAUUUAAUUUUUGUUGAAAAUUUACUUUGGAAAAAUAUAGUUAUUCUCUUCCAACAUAGUAAGAAAUGCUUAGAGAAAAUAUGUAAUACCUUCAGUAAAUCUAGAAAACUCUUGAAAGUAAUUGAAGAGUUAACCAUGACAUUUAUAACCAUACAAAGUCAUUAGUGUUUUAAGUGAAAAUAUUUUAUAUAGUAUUGAGUUACUUCUCUAUACAAACCAACCUAUGUACAUAAUUAUUUAUUUUUGUACUUUUUAAAUGUAAAGACUGAUGAUUAGUUUUAUCAGAACUCAUAAAUGUAUUAAUAAAAUCCAUUGAAAUGCCAGUUUCAGUUACAUUUUAGCAGCUCAAAAUAAAAAAUACAUCCAGUGACUUUCUCCAUAUCUAUAUUCAGAAAUAUAUCAUAGUUUUAAUUUUUUUUGUACACAAACUUGUUUUUAUUGAACAUUUAGCCUCCUUUACAUCAUUUGAAAAAUUAUUUUUGUAUCUUUCUUUGACAUGUUUGAUCAGGAAACAGAAAAUGAAAAAGGAAUUUCAAUAAAAUUUGUUUUUUUCUUCUUCCUUUCUUCUAAUAAUUUAGGUCAACCGUAAGAAAUGGAUCUCUCAUCCAACUUAAUUAAUUUUGUUUUUAUGACUGUACAUAUGAUAGAUUUCUGCCAAUCUUUUUUAAUACAAUAAUCAUGGUCAUGAAAAAUUAAUCAAUUAUGAUUAUACAAGCAGAACUCUAAAAUAUAUACAUUGCUAUGCGUUUUUCAGAUUUAAUUAUAUGUACAUUUUCUCUCUUGGGGGGAGGGGGGGGAAUCCUUUAUCGAGCAUUUAUUUGUGUGCAGCUUUUGUUUUGAAUUACCUGGGUUCACACUACAAAUGAAUAAAGGUUUUAUUUUUUACUUAUAUAAUUAUUGUACCACAUUAUUACAUAAAAAUUAAUUAUCAAAGCUUGAUACAAGCUUUACAACUUCAGUAUAAAUGGAGGCUUCCUAAAUAAUUUGUUUAAGUUUUGAAAAUUUUAUUAUUAUUUGCCAUUACUGAUUUGUACAUAAAUUCCACUAUUGACAUAAAACAAUGUAUACCUCAAGCCUUUUGGAUCAAUUCAUAUAGACAUAGUGCAUAUUAAUUGAGUAAAACAUUGAGAUAAUGUUUCAAAACCAAUGAUAAAUAAAUAAAAGACGAGAAUCUCCCAAAAGGUUUCUAAAACUUUUUUUAACAUUGAACAUUUUCUUCUGGAAUUCAGGACAACACUUAAAUUGACAGGGGGAAUUUUUAAGGAAUAAUUGGUCAAAUAAUUAGUUAUAUUAGUUUGUCAGCAUUUCAGAACUGCAUCUCUCAGGGUUUCAUCAGAGCUUUGGAAUGGAUAAAAUAUGUGUUACAAAUAUAUUGUCAUUAUAAUUAGAUCAAAUAAAUGAAUGCAUGUUUAUAAUGUAUUCAAUUUGCAAUAAUAGUAAGGUGCAUUUUUAAGAUAGAUUAUAGAAGACCUAAUGUUAUAUGUUUUUCAUUGCCUCAAUUUUUCAAAUUAUACAUAAUUUAUAUUUUUACUUGAACUUUGAAUCUGUAUAGUAACAUUGUAUUUUAUCCAUUCCAUAGCCUUGAUAAGGGGAGAAUACAGUUCGGGAACAUCGGCAAACUAAUAGAACUAAUUAUCUGUCCAGCUAUCUAUUGACAAUUUCCAUGAAUUUAAGAUUUUAUUUUAUUAGCUACCUUAACUGGUUUGUUUGCAAAUCCAUACAUACAUGUACAUAUUCAUUGCCACAGCACAAUGUCUGAAAGAUUUUCCAUCUUUUAAUAAUCUAACUCUGCACUCAUAAACAGUUUUCUCCAAAUGCACACACUCACCAAAAAGUCUGCAUAUUUAAGUUUUGUUACUGCAACACUGAUAUUAAUAAUAAUGUUUCUUUUUAUCAAAACUAAUUUUACAGUUUUCAAAUGUUUUCCCUGAAAUUAGAUAUAAAAGAGUGCGAUGAAUUAAUACAUGAAAAGUUUCCAGAGAAAAUUCGAUAGUGUUUUUAAGAACAUUUCAUUUGAACAAUUUUGGAAAAAAUGAUUGUUUGGUUCAACUACUCAUUAAAACUCAUAAGAUUUUGGGACACUUCAUAUAAAACUCUUGUGUUUAUGAAUGCAUUACAUCCUACGAUAUAUUUCACAUAUAUUAUGAUGCAAACAAGGUUCUAAGAAAAUUAAACAUUUUGUAAUUUUUGAAAAUUCAAAAGUUUUA